CCAAAAGAUAACUUUGAAACAAAAGGGAUUUUUACCACAUUUUGAUAAUUCAUAUCUAUCACUUUUCAUCAUUGAAACCUAACCAGAUAAUUCAAUCAAUCAGUAACGAUGGUAGAAGGUAUCCCUAAAGGUAGAAAAGCACUUGCCAAAAGUAUCUCGAGUCAGAAAUUGACUACAACGAAAUGGGCGGAUGCUCCUGAUAAAACCAAGACUCUUGGUAACAAUACUUUAAGUACCAUUAUUUCUGGUCAUUUAACACCAGAACAGAUUGAUGCUUAUCAAGAAUAUUUCAGAAUUGAAGAGAUUUCAGAUAUACUUAGAAAGGCACAUGAAUCUCAUGAACCAAUUCUUAGUUUCUUAAGUUCUAAUGAUGAAACUAAAAAUCCAACUUAUGAAAGAGAGCCAUCACCACCACCAAAGUUUGAUAAAGAAGGUAAAAGAAUAAAUACAAGAGAACAAAGAACAAAACUUCAACUUGAGAAGGAAAGACAUUUCUUAGUAGAAGUUGCUGCUGGUAGUAUUAAGAAUUAUGUUGCUCCUCCAGGUUAUGUCAAACCAGUUAAAACCUUUGAAAAAUUAUAUAUUCCAGUUAAAGAUUAUCCCGAAAUUAAUUUCGUUGGUCUUUUAUUAGGUCCAAGAGGUAAAACCUUAAAAACAUUACAAGAAGAUAGUGGUGCUAGAUUACAAAUUAGAGGUAAAGGAUCUGUGAAAUCAGGUAGAUCAGCUAAUCCUGGUGAAGAUGAUGAUCAAGCAGAUGAUGACUUACAUGUUCUUAUAACUUCUGAUACUCAACUGAAAAUUGCCAAGGCUAUUAAAUUAACUAAUGAAGUUCUUGAUAAAGCUAUUUCAUCUCCAAUUGGUCAAAAUGAUUUAAAGAGAGAUCAAUUAAGAGAAUUGGCUGUUUUAAAUGGUACAUUAAGAGAAACAAAGCCAUUCAAUCCUGAUAACAACAGUCAAGGAAGACCAAGAAGAAAUGAUAGUCAACAAAUUGUUUGUAAGAUUUGUCAAAGACCAGGUCAUCUUUCUAAGGAUUGCAAACAAGGUCAAGGUCAAAGUCAAACCAGAGAACCAAUUCAACGUAAACGUCCAACUGAAUCUCGUGCUCAUCAAGAAGUCAUUCCUCCUUUCAAAAGAGGUAGAGCACCUACUAAAGGACCAGCUCCAAUGGCUCCACCACCACCUCCUCCUGCUGCUCAAGCUCUGGCUCCUCCUCCACCACCACCACCAAUUUCCACAAGGCCAUCUUAUGCUCGUGGUCCACCACCACCUCCUCCUCCUCCAAUUUGAGUUUGAGUUUGAGUGGAGUGUAUUAUCUAUAGGUUAUGAUAAAUAUGUAGCUUAGUUCUUAUCUUAUGUGUAUAUUUAGAGCAAAUAAAAUGCAAUUAUAAUGUCAAUUCUUGUUAAAUCUUGAAAUAAGUUGCGAAUUUGUAUCGAAUUUUUGCCAAUUUUAAUUCUUCAAAAUGAUACCACAAUUUUAACGAAAAUGAAAUAACUUCUUCAUAAAAUCAAGAAUUAAUCAUUAGACAAUGCUGUAACAAAGUUUGAAAGGUUUUGAUAAACAAUAAAGGGUGUUUUGAUCAAUUUGAAAAAU